AUGUUUGGAGAAGCGGUGUCGGUCGUUGCGUCGUGUCGCUGGCUGGUCGGGGCGGGCGGGCGGAGGGGCGGGCGGAGCGACGCUCUUGAAUGGGCGGCGGUGCGGCGGCGCAGCGCGGCCUUUCGAGCGCCAGUCCGCACACCGGCGGCUCCGCUGCCCCACGGUCGGCCGCCUGCUCCACACAACAAUGCUCAAAAUCACAACAUAACUGAACAGACCCAGCAGUGA